GAUGUCGUUACGUACAGGGCGAGAACGUUCGCCCUGUUGGAGGCACUACGGAGGGGGACCGACGAUGAACCUUGAGAAAAACAAUAAAGCUGGAUAAGAUAUCAAGAAAUUAGCCGUACAUGACGGCGAAAUGUGCAUGCAAAUGAAGGUUUUGUCAAUUAACUUUUCUAACACGUCUAAAAUUUGAGGAUUAUAAACUCCAGACGCACGCACUCAGGAGAGCUAAACGGGAAUUCCGGAUAUUUGCUCGGGGAUGUCCUUUCCGGUAGUCGUGGAAAAGUUUGUUGAUUUCGCGUUGGAAGUAUUCCUGGAAUCUUCUUUUCAUGAUUGGAUGCUACAGAGGCCAUGUUUUCAUGCGACAUCUCUCUAGCCAUGACUGCAAAAAUGUUUGAUACUAUGACUCCAAUCCUGCCUUGUCCGUUUGGCUGCCCUGUGAGGGUCAGGAACCAGUGAGAGAAAGAGAGAGACUCUAAGGAUCUUCAGUGCUUCGCCAUAAAACUUAAUUUGGGCCACAGCUAAUAGAAGACACAAAUCAAGCUAUUCCUGCCAGGAUGACUAAAGCGAUCCUCAUCUUCAUCACAGUCCUGGGGGCCUGCUUUCUGUCUGCUGCUCCAACUGAAGGUGGUCAGAACCCAGACUACGUGCUCCAGGGCACAGGCGUGAAGCCGGAGCAGAAGAGGCCCCCGGCUCUGGACGGCUCCACCAUGGCCCCCGAGGAUGCCGAGCGCUUCCUCAGCUGCUACUGCUCUGGCCACUGCCCCGACGACGCCGUCAACAACACCUGCAUGACCAAUGGGCAGUGUUUUGCCAUCGUAGAGGAGGACGAAUAUUCGCGAGAGGUCGAAAUUCGCACCUUUGGCUGCAUGAGAUAUGAGGGCUACCAUUUCCAGUGCAAGGAUUCACCCAACGCCCAGCCCAGAAGGACGAUUGAAUGCUGCCAGUCUGAUUUUUGCAACAAAGACCUGGAGCCGUCCCUACCUCCUCUCAUACAAGAGCCGCUUUUUGGCAGUGCCCACAGACUGGCCUUCCUGGUGUCUGUGACUGUCUGCUGUUUCGCCCUCAUAGCCAUCACAGUCAUCUGCUACUUCAGAUAUAAAGUGCAGAUGGAGCGGAGGCGAUAUGACCGGGACCUGGAGCAGGACGAGGCCUUCAUUCCCAUGGGAGAGUCUCUGCGAGAGCUCAUAAACCAGUCCAGCACAGGCAGCGGCUCUGGGCUCCCCCUGCUGGUCCAGCGCACCAUCGCUAAGCAGAUCCAGAUGGUGCGUCAGAUCGGGAAGGGCCGCUACGGGGAGGUGUGGCUCGGACGCUGGCGUGGGGAGAAGGUGGCCGUCAAAGUCUUCUUCACCCGCGAGGAGGCCAGCUGGUUCCGAGAGACCGAGAUCUACCAGACAGUGCUCAUGAGGCACGAGAACAUUCUGGGCUUCAUUGCGGCGGACAUCAAGGGCACCGGGUCCUUCACGCAGCUCUUCCUCAUCACGGACUACCAUGAGAACGGCUCCCUGUACGACUACCUGAGGGCCGCCACGCUGGACCCCCAGGCUCUGCUGCGGCUGGCCUACUCUGCUGCCUGCGGCCUGUGCCACCUGCACACCCAGAUCUACGGCACCCAGGGCAAGCCUGCCAUCGCCCACCGGGACCUGAAGAGCAAGAACAUCCUGAUCAAGAAAAAUGGCACUUGUUGCAUUGCAGAUCUCGGACUGGCAGUGAAAUUCAAUAGUGACACCAACGAGGUGGACCUGCCCCCGAGCGCUCGCGUGGGCACGCGCAGGUAUAUGGCCCCUGAGGUGCUGGACCAGAGUCUCAACAAGAACCACUUCCAGGCCUUCCUCAUGGCAGACAUCUACUGCUACGGACUCAUCGUCUGGGAGAUUGCCCGCCGAUGCGUGACUGGAGGUAUAGUGGAGGAGUAUCAGCUGCCAUACUGGGACAUGGUGCCUGCGGACCCUUCCUUUGAGGACAUGCGGGAGGUGGUGUGUGUGAAGGGCUUACGGCCAGCUGUGUCCAACCGCUGGAAUGGCAACGAGUGUCUGCGUGCGGUCCUGAAGCUCAUGUCAGAGUGCUGGGCGCAUAACCCUGCCUCGCGCCUCACGGCCUUGCGCAUCAAGAAGACUCUGGCCAAGAUGGUCGAAUCUCAAGACAUCAAAAUAUGACCGGCGGUUUCGGUGCGAUAACGGCCGCAGCUGAAACGCAUCCACGGACAGACAAACAUAGCCCAUCCAGCCGCCCUACACCAACAAAAGAGAAUCCAGAGCCCCGUGGCUUAAGGGUUUUGUGCGCACAGGAGCAAAGCACUGAGCAGCGGGAGUGACCGCCAGGGCAGACUCACACAGACCUGGACGCCUUCUUUUGCUGGACGUUGGGUAGCUCCUUGUGCCUGAAGUGCCUGAAGGACAUAGGGGGGCCACGAGAAAGACAAGCUCUGCGGUUUAAGGCGAGGUGACUGUAUUUGGAAUAAUGCUCUUCGGCCAACAGCCCCUUCCACUCUCUCCUCAGUCUCGGCCCCUCUUCAGUCUGGGAGAACAUGGCCGCGUGUCAGCCCGUGCUUUCUGUGAAAGCCAUAGAUGUAUAAGGCAGGUCUGUGUGGGGAGGAGCCUUGGACAACAGGAUGAAUAUAAGCUUGGGUGGGGAGAGAGUCGAUCCUCUCUUCUCUCAGUGUGGAGGACUAUCGCACUAUCGAUACUCUCCUAAACAGUUCUUUGUAGCUAUAUGUGCAGACUUUUUUUUUUUUUUUUUGCUGAAAACAAAUACUAUAUUGACACUUCCACAGCUAUUUAAGAAGUAAUCCUGUAAAGAAUUCAAUUGUCUGUCAUCAUGUGUUCAAUAUUUCCAUAUUUACAGAUGCAGUUAAAAGUGUGUGUGUGCGCGUGUGUGCGUGCGUGUGUGUGUGCCUGUUUGUCUAUUUGUGUAAGUAAGUUUAUGUGUGGCUUGGUGUGUGUCUGUAUUUGUACAGUAUGUGUGUCAACCAUUUUGAAAAGGGGUAAUUCAGCUAAAAUCUAAUUGAACAGAUUUUCUAUCUGCUGUCCAUAUAUUUGAUCCUCAAUGCAUUUCCAGUCUUGUAUUUUUACUGUAGAAUUCCAACUAAUUACUUAAAAUAUAUGAAAUAUCUGACUACCAAAAUUAGCAUUAUAUGAUAUUUUUGCCAAACGUGAUACUGAACUCACAUAGUGGACACCAUUUGUGAUAGACAAGGUUAAACAAAUGAUACAGAACUCAAAAUCACAGUGGACAUGUAUUACAGGACUGGGUAUUUGGACUAGAAUAGAAAAAUCAGUAUUUGACUUUGCUGAGCUAUCCCUUCUCUGCAGUAACAUUAAUGUAAUCUGAUGAUUGCUGUUGUCAGCUCAAGACUAUCAUUAUGUUGUUUGAACCUUUGGUACAUUGAGUGGCAGUCUCCAGAUACACGUGCACCUUCUCAGGCCUUAACAGCUCAAAUCAAAUGACUGGUGCCACUCUUAUGGCAGAAUUUGUGAAUGCUUAUGACAUGGAAACUGUUGUGGACUGGUAAACUGAACUAGCUAUCACUUUUGUAUGAAAAUCCCCUAAAAAUAGCCAUAAUCUCAGUAUAGCCUUCUAUAUAAUGAUUAGAUAUCCCUCUCACACAAUGGCCUUGUACUGGAAAUAUGUUGCUCAAUAUCAUGUAUACCCAGGCGUAUGGAAACUAAUAACUUUGUGCAGAACAUUUUGUUUUGUAUAUAAAACAUUACUGAUUUCUGCAUUACCUUGUUGGUGAAUUCAAUUUCAGACAGAAUUACGUAGUUGCCUUACCACGUACAAUGUACAGUAUGAUCAGAUUGAAUGGUGGUCAAUGUAAACAACUGAAAUGUUGGGAUACUGAAUUUUGGAGUGUGAUUACAAAAAGGAGUGUUUUGGUGUCUGGUGAUAAGUUUCAUGUACACACAAGUUUCAGUGUCAUUAAAAGCAGUAGUGAAACAGAAUAUGUGAUCUCACAUCAGGUUGGCACGACAAAGAAACUUAACCAUACAGUACUUCCUAUCUGUUACUUUUUGUUGCGUCACACGUACAGUCAACUCCAAAAGUAUUGGAACACAUGCUUAAAGUUUAAUAUAAAAUCAUCUUUUGGAAAUUGAUCUUAAUGCCUUAAAUGAAACAAUGAGGAAAUAUUCAACCUUUAAUGACAUCAAUUUUCUUUGUGAAUGAAUAAUGUAUUGUAAAUGAAUAAAUGUUUUCCUUAAAAUAUAGGGGGUCAUAAGUAUUGGAACGCCCAUGUUAAAUUCCCAUAGAGGAUUUUUAUUUUUAUUUUUAAAGGCCAGUUAUUUCAUGGAUCCAGGACACUAUGCACCCUGAUAAAAUCCCCUUGGCCUUUGGAAUUAAAAUAACCCCACAUCUAAUUCUAAUUCGCUGGUUUGAAUUGCAUUGAGCUCAACAGCUAACAGCUAAUAACUGACAUUAAGCAUGCCAAACUCUUAGUAUGGUGAAGGUAUAGUGUUGAUGUGGGGAUAUUUUAAUUAAUUUUAUAUUAAACUUUAAGCGUGUGUUCCAAUACUUUUGGAGUUGACUGUACUUAAAGGUAUACUAUGCAAAGUUUUUCAGUUAAUCAAUUCGUUCCAUACUGUUAUAUAUGAUUAAAUGAGUCAUUACAGGUCGAACAGUGUUUUUUUUGGCCGCUCUAGUGGUCUGUAGCGGUAAAACCACACUUGCAACUUCAGGAGACACCGGGCACGCACCCAUGCUCUACUCCAGGAAGUGUCAUGUAAAGUCUCAUGAAAAGGCACGGCAGACUGACCGAUUUAGGAGUUUUGUCAAAUGUACACGCUAAAGCUGUAGGGGAAGCUCUGCAGAGAAAUAUGCAAGCAUAAAACGAGCGAAAAUGAAAAGUGAAAGCGAAACCGGUGAUGAAAUCGCCAAUCCUGCAUAGUAUACCUUUGACUAUCCCCCCUGAGGGCAUGUUUAAUGUGCCACAUUUCCUCAACUAAAAUGUCUCAAAGUUAUCACUUAAACCAAAACUGACAGUCAUAUCCAUAAUCCAUGUCACUGCCUGUCUUAAUACAAAUGAAAAGACUUUUGACAGCCAGUUUAAGAUCAGCUGGACACAGAAUGAGAGUCAGUGGGAUUUUGAAUUGAGAAUUGGUCAUCUGUCUCAAAUGAUUCUUGUAAAACUUAGAUUGGACUUCAGUGUAUUAAUGUUUUUGAUUGUGUUUGGUGCAGCAUCUGGUUAAAAGAAAAGGUGCCUUAUGUUUACCAAGGAAAUCUGUUCUGUGUACUGACUAUGUCCAUUGUACCCAUUUCUAAGUAAAUUGCCUUAUUUUAGUACACAAACAUGCCUGUUCUGUGUAGUUCCAUUAAUAAAAGCCAAGGAUUCACUGUUAAA